GAGCGGCAGGUUUGAAAGCGAGGCCCCGUAGAGUUGUGGUGCGCGCGCGCGUAGCUGUUGUUAGGCGGUUAGCGGCGCGGGGCUGGGGUCCCCCGGAGGUGCGGACAUGUCGCAUAAACAAAUUUACUAUUCGGACAAAUACGACGAUGAGGAGUUCGAGUACCGGCACGUCAUGUUGCCCAAGGACAUAGCCAAACUGGUCCCUAAGACCCACUUGAUGUCUGAGUCUGAGUGGAGGAACCUUGGUGUCCAGCAGAGUCAGGGAUGGGUCCAUUACAUGAUCCAUGAACCAGAGCCUCACAUCUUGCUGUUCCGGCGGCCACUGCCCAAGAAGCCUAAGAAAUGAAAAAGCAUGCCACUUCUGUUCAAAGCUGUACAUAGCUGUCCUUACCUGCUAAUAUCUUUCUGCUAAUAGUGUUGCCUUCUUGUUUCUCACUUGGGAUAUUUAAGGGAUGUUUAAUACACUGUUUGAAAGUGCUGGUGACUCUCUUGUUUCUUGAGCAAAAUUGAUACCACUACCCCAUUGGGUGCUCUGAUGAAUGUAAUGUAACUUCAGCUGAGCUUUGCUUCGAAAAAUCAUGGCAAGCUCUGUAUCAAGCUGAACACAUUGGGUAGAUGGACAAAUCACCAAGAGUGACUGUAGACUCAUCACUGCUUAGUUGUGGGGCACGUAUAAUUGUUGCUGUUUGUGUCUUUUCCCACCAGAUUGUGUACAAGGUGACUUAAUGGAUUUAUAUUUUCAUUUGUUGGAAACUUUCCAUUUUAUUCAAGAAAUGUCUGCUCUGUUUAAAUCCCUUGAAUAAAGAGGAAGUUUUUGUAAUCCAUUCUUAGAUUUCUUCUGCCUAUGAUCAGGAUGAAUAUCAUUCAUGAGAUACCAGGGUCCUAAUUAUCUUGUCUUCAGUAAUUUUGGAUAAUAAGGCUCAUUUCAGGGAGUUGAUUUUAAAAAUAGAUUAAGCUGGUUAUUCUCAAACAUCUGCUGAAAAUGUUCAUUUCAAACCUUCACUGGCCCAGGGCAGCUCUCUUAAUAAAAUGCAUUAGUCUGUCA